UCUAUCAUGGCGACGUUGAUGUUUACAAAUGGAGUCGGUACAGGGUGAUGUUUGAAACUGAGCAUGUAGUUGAUAGCCUUUGAAAUACACUCCACAAAUUUCUAUGCGUACAACGAAUUGAACUUUCACCACAAUGUCAGAAAGAUACAGCUCGGAAACAUCUGUGGUGAGCAGAAGAUAUGAAAGAAGCGGAGGUACAAAUCGUGGCCAAAUGCAAAAUUUGCUCGGCGAGUUCAGAGGUCUGUACGAAGGAAAACUGAGAAGACUCGAGGAAGCCGAAAAAACAGGAGAAGAAACAUCAAAGACGAGGGUGCGUAUCCUGCAGUCGUACGUGAAUGACCUGAGUGAACAGAAUCAGGUGCUGGUGCAGACGGUGGAGGAGCUGGAGAGAGAGGCCAACGAGAGAGUCUCCAUCCUGGAGUCCAAGUUGGCCAAGACCUCCGGCACUGCGAAGCUUACAGAGACAAAACAUCAGGACUAUGUUUCAAAGACACGGGACUUGGAGAGAGAGUUGCGGAACUUGGGGGUUGAUAAGACGAGAGCGGAGACAAUGUUGGAGGAGCUGAAAUCCAGAUUGUCCCGGCAGGAAGAUGUCAAUGGCAAGCUCCGGGACGAGAACAGCAACCUCAACCAUGACAUGGACCAGCUCAUCCAUGUCAUCAGCGUGGCCCGGUCAGCAGGGAGAUGGGAGAUUGACACUGUUAGGUUUCGUGAGCUCACUGUAGAUCAAGUUUUUGGUUCAAUGCAUGAAACUUACACCAAGAGGCAUCUGGAGGACACCAGCAGCAGCAGCAGCUCGGGGCGUGUCCAGGACCUGCAGGACCAGCUGCGGAGGAAGGAAGACGUCAUCCAGGCCAUGCAGCUGGAGCUGCAGGACAAGCGUUCCACUGACUCCCGUCUGGACCAGUAUUCUAGUCAGUCCGACCGAGAUUAUGCUGUGAGCAAGGUCAAGGCCGACCUCAGGAAGUCUGAACAGAAGUUAGAUGACUUGCAGUACGAGAUGCAGAACCGAGAGCGAAAGAUCCUGUCCCUCCAGAGCCAACUGACAGACCUGCACAACGAGCUGGCCGUAAAGGAGGCAGAGAACACCAACCACGUGCAGACCAUCAAGAUGCUGCAGGACAAGCACAGGAUGGCUGCCGGCGAGGUGGGCAAGUAUGAAGACGUGGUGCGCCAACUACGGAGCGAGAUGACUGCAGUCAAAGACCAGCAUUCACAGUCCAGCCAAGAUGUAUCACAUUUUGAAAGAAGAAUAAGGUCCUUAGAAAGUGAGCUCCGUGAAAGUAAGGAAUACAGAAGAAAGUCUCUCGAUGAGAUUGGCGCACUGCAGGAACGUUUGCGAGAUGGGCAGGUGUCAACCCAAGACCACCAUGAAAUCCUCAAGUCUGAGCUGGCUCGACGAGAUGAGACAAUUCAAAAACUCCGUCGGGACGUGUUGUCUUUACAAGAGAAGAGGGAUGCAGCGGUGGCCGAGCUUGACGACAAUGUACAUCUACUCCACAACUUUGAAGGUCACCAUAAGAGCCACCAAGAGGAGAUGCAUCGCUACGAGACGCGUAUGAAGGCUCAGGAAGAUGAGAUCAGCCAUCUGAGACGUCAACUUGAUGAUGGUGACAAUGAGGCCAGUGGACUGAGAAACAAGGUGACCAGGUUAGAGGGGGAAAUCCAAACCCUAAGGAGCCAGAGCUCGGAGGCGCAGACACAGGUCAACAAAUUGACCGCCAGUCUACAACGACUACAAAACUCAUCCAAAGAUACUCGUGAUGCCCUGACCUCUGAGGUGUCCGAGAGACAUGAUGCAAUUGUCAAACUCCGCAAUGAAAACUGUGAGAUUGAUGACAAACUCCGAGAGGCUAUCUCAACAGCACAACACAGAGGAGAGGUUGUCAAGCAACUCAAGGAUGAGAUCAAAAUAGCUAGUGCAAAGACCCAGGACACCCAGCUGAAGAUGGAUGAGUUGGAGAGGGAGUUGCAGCAGAUGCAGAGUCGAUACGCUGCCCAAGCCAGGGAGAUUGACCGCCUCCAGACGGAGGUGCAGGAGCGAGACCUGGGGGCCUCCCAGCAGGAGACCAUGUUCAAGUCCGAGAUGGCCGACAAGGAUGAGGAGGUGAUGCGCCUCAAGACCGACCUCAACGUGCUUCACGAGAGGUUCUCCCAGAACGAGGGGCAGCUGAUGUCGCGAGACGAGCAGAUCAGCCGAGUCCAUCGCCAGCUACAUGAGAUCCAGGAUGAGCUCACCAACAAGGAGACGACGCUGCAGAAGACCGACAUUGAUCUCAUGAAUGUUGCCGAGGACAGGCGCAAAUUGGAGGACAGUUUGUCAAGGAAGGAGAUAACUCUUCAACAGUUGUCCCAGGACCUGUCCCACGCCAAGGAGUUGUACAAGGAGGCCGUGGAGGAGAACGGGCGCCUCGAGGCCCGGAUACAGGCCUUCGCCAUCAACGCUCAGAGUGAACAGGAUGUACUCAACACUGAGGUGAAGCGUCGUGAGGAAGCCAUCAAGAAGCUGAAGAUGGAACAGCUCAGUCUACAGGAAGUCAACAGUAGAUACGAGGAGAAGGUGUCCCAGAUGAGCAGAGAGAUCGAACAACUGAAGGUACAGCUUCGGUCAGCACAUAAUGAGAUUGACACGAAGAAGGCGGCGAUGCAGAACCUGGAGACCAGUCUGGAGGAGGCCAAGAAGCGGAACGUAGCUCACCUGGACGAGGUGGCUCGCCUGGAGGACAGGGUCCGGGAACUUAGCAUAGAGGUCACUUCCAUCAAUGCUCAGGUCGACAACUUCAGCCAUACAAUUGACACGAAGGACAACGUAAUCCAGCAGCUGCGCGGGGAUGUGGAGGUGCUGCAGCGGCAGCAGAAGGAGACGGUCAACAAGGUGUUGGUCCGAGAUGAAAACAUCCAGAGACUGAAUGCAGACAUCGGCAAGUUGAAGGCAAAACACCAGGAGAAAGUCAGCGAGUUACAUUCAUGCUCGACGGAGAUUCAGAAGAGUUCCGACCUGAUCAAGAAGCUGCAGGACACGGUGACCCACUGUCACAUCGACCUGGACGACACGCGCAAGAGGGCCGAGGACGAUGUGCGGGGGAGGGAGAUGACCAUCAAGCAGCUGCAGGAGGACCUCAUGGAGUCCCAGACACAGUACUCCUCCUGCUACAACGAGAUGUUGAAGCAGGAGGAUGACAUUGUGAAACUGAAGACGGAGAACUCCCAGCUGAACGAGACCACGCACCGCAGCAGCCAGGACAUCAGCCAGCUGCAGGAACAGCUGCAUCAAAUAGAGCUGGACCUCACCAUCUCCCAGGAGAAACACAGGACCUGCCAGAAAGAGGUUGCAAAUCGUGACCAGGUAAUCCUGAGACUUCAGACAGAUCUGGACACCACACAACAAAAAUAUAGUGGAACCACGGAUGAGCUGAACAUCAGGGAGGACGAGGUUCAGCGGCUCAACGCAAAGAUCAAACAGAUGCAGCAGGAGAUCAGAGGACUUAACUCUCACAUAGAAGCCAACGAGCAGCGGAUUGCUAACGAUGAGAAGAAGGUGCAGAAACUCCAGCAUGACCAGGAGAUCACACUGCAGGAGGUGAAGAACCACCUGCGGACCAUCGAGCAGCUGAAGUCCGACCUCCAGAUGGCCCGCAGUGGCCACUCCCAGGAGGUGAAGCGCCUGAACCAGGACAUGGAGCACCUCAGGGAGGACCUCGAGGUCACCCGGGGCGAGCUCACCGCCAGCCAGAACCACAACUCAGAUUACCGGGCCACCAUCGACACACUCAAUGACGAGCUGGACAGGUUCCGCAAGAUGCAGGAGGAAGCGUCCAUGGAGCUGCGGCGUCAGGCCGAUUCCAUUGCGGAGCAGGAUGUGUGUUUGUCUGAGAGUCGGCAGCAGCUGGUGGUCCUGGAGAGCCAGCUGGACACGGCAAAGCAUGAUGGCGACCAGCUGCUGCUCAGUCUGGAGAGCUACAAGAUGAAGUACAACCAGUGCAUGACGCAGAUCGACCAUCUGGAGACAUCAAUGAAGGGGCUGCAGGACAAGCUACAGGACAGCAGGGGCAGGGAGCUGGAGAAGGAGCAGAACAUUGACCGCCUCAAGUCGGACCUGGACAACCUGGACAAGAUGUACAGCGAGGCCAAGCGGGAGGUGCAGAAGUGUGAGGACGUCAUCGAGCAGCUCACCCAGGAGCUGAACGCCACGCAGGAGGACCUCUCCGUCUCCCACAACCGCGUCCGGGAGAGCGAGGAGAACGUCCGCAACCUCAGGGAGAGGCUCCAGGACUCCCAGAACGAGGCUCAUCAGAACGAGGAGAAGGCGAGGAACUUGGAGAAUGAUCUGCUGUCUUACCAGGGGGAACACAGCCACACUGACCAGGAGUUCCAAGAGCGAGAGGAGCGAAUCUCCCGCCUGGAGUACGACCUGGAUGACACCAGGAACAACCUGGACAGCAAGGCCCGACAUAUCGCCGACCUCCAGAAUGAGAUCAGUGACCUCCAGUCAGAACUCACCAUCACGAAAGACCAGAAGGCCAAUGCCAAUAUGGAGAUCACCCGUCUGGAACAGAACAUCCAGCAGCUGCAGCUGAGUUUGGCAUCUGCUCACCAGCGUCACAAGACGGACACAGAGAGGUUAGAGGACACCAUCACGUCACUGCAGCGCCAGCUCUCAGACGCUCAGUCCCGUGUCGAGUCGCUGGACCAUGAAGUCAACAGGAAGGAGGAACAGAUCAAGCGGAACGAGGGCGAGAUCCUGGCAUGUCGGGAUGACAUCAAGAACAAGGUGGACGAGAUUGAGAAGCUGGAGCUGGCCAUCCAUGAACUGAAGAUCAGCCUGAACCAGGUGAAGACGGCACGGAGACAGGCGGAGAGCACGAUCGAGGAGCUGCAGAGUGAUGUGGACCGGCUGAAGACGGACAUGACGGAGGCCAGGUCCCAGUACAGAGACUGUGCUCAAGAGCUUGCCCAUCACGAGGAGAAGCUGAUGCUGAUGGAGCAGAGCCUCCAGACAACCCAGGACCAGCUGAGUCAGCGCGUCACCGAGGUCGUCCGACACGAGCAGGUCAACAGGAAGCUGCAGGCCGAGCUGAAGACGCUGCGAGAACGCUGCGCCAGCUAUGAGGAGGAGAUCGCAGAGCAGAAGUCUGUGAUCGACAAGCUGCGGAAGGACCUGAUGGUGUCGAAGGAGGAGCAUCACACAGCGGUGCAGGAGGGGCUGGCGUACAAGCAGCAGGCGCACAAGGUGGAGGUGGAGCUAGACGGGUCACGGGAACAAGAGAAGAUGCUGUCCGAUCAGGUGGAGCAGCAGGACGUGAUCCUCGGUCAGCUUCAGACGGAACUCCGGGGGGAGAGGGACCGUCACCAGGACACCAGCAGGCAGUUGGGGCAGAGCAAGAAGAUGGGGGCCGAGCUGCAGGAGGACAUUGACCAGUACCAGAAGCAGGCUCGCGACAUGGCACAGAGGCUCCAGGAGAAGGAUGAGAUGAACCUGCGACUGCGGGCAGAGAUAGACGACCUCCAGCAGAAGUUGCGUGGGCUGAAGGAGGAGCUAGCAGAGCGAGAAGGCCAGCUCCGUGUGGCCAAGAUGAACCUCCAGACUGCCCAGAAGCAGAGCGUCCACCACUCACACGAGGUGACGAAGUACGAGGAGACUCUGUCUCAGCUUCAGUCGGACCUGGAGAAGAUACAGGAGCAGUACAGAAGAGCUCAUGCAGAGCUGAUGGACAACGAGCAGAGGGUGCAUGACCUGAAGGUGCAGCUGACCACAGUUCAGGGCAACCACAAGGAGUCCAUGGAGCAGUUGGGGGAGAAAUCCCGCCUCGUGGCAUCGCUCAAGACGGAGGUGGCCAAACUCCAGCAGCAGAACCAGUCUAUGACAGAGGAGAUCGCCUUCUAUGAAGACCGGAUGCGGAAGCUGCAGCAUGAGCUGAGGAAGAUGCAGGAACUCAACAAGGCCACCGAGGAUGAGCUUCAGCACUUCGAGGAGCGGUACACUAGUCUGCAGACGGAUCUGUACUCUAGUCAGGAAAAGCAGAAGCAGUCGCUCCAGGAACUGUCAUCGAAGGAGGAGGAGUCCGUCGUCAUCAAGGUGGAGCUGGCCAGUCUACAGGAGAAGUACAAGAACAUGAUGGACGAGUCACACAAGCUGAAGAGCGAGCUGCAGCUGAUGAAGCAGAACUACCGCAGUGCCAAUGAGGAGAUCACGGGUCUGCGUGUGGCGUUGGAGGAGUCACGGUCGAACGGAGACCGUCUGCAUCGGGAGAGUGAGCUGGUGGUGCAGAACGUCAACACCUGGGUGCAGGAGCAGAAAGCUGCCAAUGAGAAACUGGGCAACAAGAUUAGGGAGCAGAGUAAAGCCAUCAUGAACCUGACAGCCGAGAAGGAGCAGCUGCUGGAGCAGGUACAGAAGUAUCAGAAGCAAAACAACAAGAUCCGGAUAGAACUGGAGGAGAGGCGAGCAGAGGGAGACAAGUUCAAGGCUCUCCAGAGUCACUCCACCCACCAGCAGGUGCUCCUCAACCAGCUCAAGUCACGCCUCGAGGAACACGAAAUUGAACAAGAUCAUGAACUCAAAUCUAAAGUAUACACAAUAGAAGAUCUCCAUGCAAGAUUAAAAUCAAACAUAGAAAAUAUUCAACAACUCAGUCAGCAGUUGAGUGCGGUCCAGAAGGAGAAUGUGCGACUGCGUGGUGAGCUGGACCGCGAGGUGGCGACGAGGCAGACCCUGGAGUUGCAGGUGGAGAGCAAGGAGCAGAUGCUGAGCAGCAUCAAGUCACACAACGACACCAAGAUGCAUCAGCGGAUGAUCGGAGAGAAAGGCCUGCUGUACCGCGGCAGCGACAUCGAGAAGGCGACCCAGGCAGCGCUGAGUCGUGCAGCGGACGAGAUGGGGGCCGACCCCCACAGUUUAGACAAGGCCUAUUGGAUACAGAGAGUGGGCGAGUUGUCCAUCCAGCUCCAGGAGAGCAGCGAGUACUGGUCAGACAAAGUCCGUGACCUCACCUGCCAGGUGGAAAAACACAGUCUCGCCCGCUCACCAAAACCUCGAUGAGCCAUCACCCAUCUGGUCAUGUCUGUCCGUCCAUCCAUCCGUCCAUCAGCUGGCCCGUCCAAGCAGAAACAGUGGACCAGUGUUGUUUUCCAAGACUUCAUGCUGACCUGUGUAACUAUGGUAACCCAUGCCAAGUUGUCAUGGUUACAUGCUUAUAUAAUGUAAUACAGGAGCAUAUCAUCAUAUAAAUGUAUUAUUUUCAUACAGCCCGAUGUAUAUAGCAUUGUAUAGAACACAUUUCUAAGUAUUAUUAUUAUUCUUGAAGGAUGUUCAAGAUGAAUCCUCAUUCUAUGCACAGCCAUAAUCAAGGACUGAAAAUUUGAGGGGAAAGAUUUGGGCCAUUUUCUGUUUGAUUUUUUUGGCCUUAGAGACUUCCUAUGGCUAUGUAUGGCUUGUAUUGGUUGUAUGACACGCGUUAUUGUGCACCAUACCAAAGCCAUUAUUUAUGUCAGUAGAAACCUCUCUAGCUAAGUGUAGAAAUGUGUAUAUUUAUUUAUUUUCAUAUUGGUGACUGUAGUAUGGUUAUGACCAUGUGUCUCAUAUGAACAAAUGCAUCUUGUGUCAUCUUUCGAAGUUUCGACUAUUUUCUAGAAGUUAGGUAUCUUGUUUUUAUCCAGUGCUAUGCCCACAGACACGUAUCAGUUGGUCCUGGGAUGUUCUCCAGGCUUGUAUACCAUCCAUGCACAUAGACAAAGUGUUCUUCCUUUUGAAUGAGUACAUCUACUGCUUUAGAUGACUCGCAUUACUAUUAGAAGGAAAACUGAAUUCAUUCAAAUGGGGCAACAUUUCUGUAUUGGCUUGUUGAGGGGGAAUAACCUCAGAGUCCUCCAGAAAGUCUGACAGUUAUGAAGAGGAAUCAAACUAGGAAAGCCAUCAUUCCCUAACUAUUUUCAGAAUAAACAACAUUUAUGAAGAAGACACUCCAUUGUUUCAAAUGGAUUUAACCUUGAUACUGUUGUCUUUUCUUUCUCGGAAAUAUUUUCAUUGUUGGCAGGAAUGAAAAUACUUUCUAUUUUAAAUUUACAUCAAGUAAAAUGUUGAAAAACAGAAACACUAAUAAACCCAGUUCCUUAUGCCAGCUAAACCUGGAUGUGUGCUAGGGUAGCAAGAUGUAUGUGUUCAUAUGGGACUUGAAUGAUGUUCUACUAGAAUGUUGUAUGCUAGUUGUGUAUAGAGACUCUGCUGUAUAUUCAUCUGUGUUAUUUAUAUUGGAGGACCCUUCAGUAUUGUAGUGCCCAGCAGCGGGCCAUGCAGUCCUCUUUCACCAGCUCUUGCUGAAGUGUUCAGUAAGGGCUGAAGUGUUCAGUAAGGGCUGAAGCAGGAGAGAGGGCUGCUGCAGUGUUGCUGCUGGUUUAGGGAAGCAGGACUGGUGCCAGGUAUGCUACACUGGAGGAGAAGAACUUGAUUCACUGCCAGUCAGUAAUUGGGAAAUGUUACUGUGUUACUAUUACUUGUAAUCAGUUGACCAUGGGAAUAAAUGGUACAGUGUUCAACUGGGAGUAGUCCAUGUUACUACACUUUACUCUGAUAACAGUAAUCUCAACUCACCACUUCUAAAGAAAAACCUUGAAAGAUGGUACCUCAAUUCCCCACUUCAAAGCAAAAGCCUUGAAAGAUGGUACCUCAUUUCACCACUUUGUAGCAAAAACCUUGAAAGAUGGCACCUCAGUUCACCACUUCAUUGCAAAAACCUUGAAAGAUGGUACCUCAGUUCACUACUUCAUUGCAAAAGCCUUGAAAGAUGGUACCUCAGUUCACUGCUUCAUUGCAAAAACCUUGAAAGAUGGUACCUCAGGUCACUGCUUCAUUGCAAAAACCUUGAAAGAUGGUACCUCAGUUCACUGCUUCAUUGCAAAAACCUUGAAAGAUGGUGUGGUACUUCAGUUCACCACUUCAUUGCAAAAGCCUUGAAAGAUGGUACCUCAGUUCACUACUUCAUUGCAAAAGCCUUGAAAGAUGGUACCUCAGUUCACUGCUUCAUUGCAAAAACCUUGAAAGAUGGUACCUCAGUUCACUGCUUCAUUGCAAAAACCUUGAAAGAUGGUACCUCAGUUCACUGCUUCAUUGCAAUAACCUUGAAAGAUGGUGUGGUACUUCAGUUCACUGCUUCAUUGCAAUAACCUUGAAAGAUGGUGUGGUACCUCAGUUCACUGCUUCAUUGCAAUAACCUUGAAAGAUGGUACUUCAGCAAAGUUUGAACAUAUCCAUGUCAUGAGAGCAGCCAUGUGACACAGUGUCUCUUUUGUGAGAUACUGUUCUUUGUGGGGUGGCUAUGCGUUGAGGUUUUGACUCAGAAGUGGCAAGUUGGGAGAACUCAUUGGUGUGAGAAGGAAGUAUGUGAUAUAACAGAGAAUCCAGAAAGUUUUCAGUUUUACCUUACAAGGAGAGACUUGAUUGAAGGUUGGUGUCUCUACUUUAGGACAGCUGACAACCAUUUUAGAUCAUCUGAGGACAAUGAAUUAAAUGCUGCUUCAUCUGUGAUUUGUUAGUUUGUUGAUGUCCUCAGUCACUUUUGGUUUUAACUUCUACACAAUCAUGCUUUAAUCUUGUCAUUUCUUAGACUUUCCUUUUGGAAGUGUGCUCUUAAUGUGUAAUGAAUUAAUGUCAGACAAGGAAUAUUAAACUAAGAUGUGCUCUCAAGCUGGAUCUGAUGCCUUCUUUGCCACUAGUUGUGGAAGGGAUUGGAAUUCAGUGUUGAUUUUGUCCUGAUCCAAGUACAAAGUAUUUAUGUUGGCAUCUACCAUUCCAUUCUAUGUGAUAUCAGCCAGCUGUUGUGAUGUAUUGUACUGCUGACAGUGCUGGGCUCUUGUACCAGUGUCUGGUAGACUAGUCCUUGUAGCGGACGACGGUGGCUGUCCGACAUAGCUCAUGCAUGUACAUACGGAUGCUAGGAUGUCCGUGGUCUGUCGUGAGUGAAUCUGCACUGUGAUAUUGCCAUUAUUAUAUAUACUAUACAAUAAAAACUUAAAUGUU